UUUUCAGAUCAUGAUUAAUUUGUUUAGUGGUAUGCAAGCAGUAAGAUAAGGCCUAGUGUAGUGAUGGGUGUGAAAACACUGCACACAUUCUGAGCAAUGUACUGUAAUUUCCUGCAACUGAAGGAAAUUGCUUGUUCAGGAAGCACAGACUCUGAGCUGGUUCUUUUGAAACUUAACAACAUGACAGACGACUGUUCCAAAACAACCAGUAACAUCCCUUCAUUAACCAUGGAAGUUGAUACUGCUUUUCUCAGAUCCUUGAGGGGUGUCCUUAAAUUAGCAGAGAUGGGGACUAUGUUUGUAGCAUUUGUGUGUUUUGCUGUAGCAUCCAGGCCCAAAUACAUUGCAGCUACAUGCAUGGAGUUUGUGAUCACAUUCUCCCUGCUUCUGCUGUACACGCUGAAGUUGAACAAGAAGCUGACUCUGUUCUUUUGGCCUCUCAUUGAUUUGUUAAACUCACUGUUUGCAGCAGUCUUCAUACUUCUCCUGAGUUUGAUAGCAGUGUCCACUUACACAGUGACAGGGACCCUGGGUGGAGGGAUAGUGGGUUUCAUAGCAACAGGCCUGUGGUGUGUGGAUGGUUACAUGCUUUUCAAGCGGGUCACAUUAAAUCAACCAAGAACAGCAGCAACUGGCACUGUGAAGUGAAGAGAAGACACCACAAUUGUCUUGUCCCAUGCUCACUCUCUUAUAUGUGUAGGUUUAAAGGGUCAAUCAGCAGUUGAAACAAUAACAAAACUUGGCCCUGGCCCGUUUUUUGGUAAAAAGCUGAAGGAUAUGGGGCUGG